AUGCGGCCGCUUUUGAAGAUGGCGCGGCGGCUGCACAGCAGUGACGUCAGACCGGGCCUCGUGUUGGUGAAGGGUGGGCGGAUCCUCGACGAGGUCGGCAAAGAGCUGACCCAGAAGCUCCUGGCCUACCCUGCGGUGGAGAUCAUGGCCGCAGGGCGCCAGGGAACAGCCCUGGCCCUGCAGGCGGGAGCGGAUUUCGAGAAACACAGAUCGAUAGUUUACCCUUUGUAG